UAUGUUGAGUUUAUCUACCCUUUUUCUUUUUGUUUUCCUUCUCCUUCAUCUUCUCUCUUAUUUUACUUUUUUGUUUUUCUUUAAUUUUUUCUGUGUGGGCUUUAUGAAGCUCAAUAUAGUCCAGAAAACAUGCAUGGGAUGAGAUGACAAUACUUACCCAAAACCAGGGUUUCCUUCCCUUUCUCUCUUUCUUUCUUACUUCAAGUUUGUGAUUGAAGUCGCUCUUGGGUCUCUCAUAAAAGCUAAAGGCUUUCUCUCUCUCUGAGAGUUAGUGAGAGAGAAGUAGAGAGAGAGAGGGAUAGAGAACGAAGUGCUAAGCAGCAGAAGUUGCGGAUUUGCUUGCCUUCUUUCUCUUUCUAUCUCUCUUCAGUCAAAAAAAAAAAAAGACUCAUCUGAAGAGAGGGAGUUGGAGACAUUUGGAUACCCAUACCCGUAUAUCCUUUUGUCUCCUCUGUCCUCUCUAUCUGUGUUUUUUUUCCCCCUUUAAUUCCUUGGUUUUUAAGUUCAAUACUGUUUUUGAAAUACCCAGUUGCGCACAUCUAGGUUUUGGAUUCUGGGUUUUUGGUUUUCUUUUCUGAGUAAUAAGGGGGAAUCGGUGAAUGGGAUUGUAGUGUUUGUUUCGGGACUAUUUCAUGAAUUUUGGGGUUUUCUUGAUAGCCGUAGCAGUUACAGUGGUCGUGGCGCUGAGAGAUUCGUGACUGAUAUGCUUUACAAAACCAACACAAACAGUAUGCCCACUGGAGCAAUCGCGCAACCACGCUUUAUGAUUCACUCUCCCAACAAAUCCAUGUUCAACUCUCCAGGCCUCUCUCUCGCUCUGCAGCAACCAAACAGUGAUGGACUUAUUGAAAGACCGAGAAUGAUGGACAACUUCGAGGGGAAUAACAGUUUGGGUAGGAGGAGCCGAGAAGAGGAACACGAGAUGAGCAGAUCUGGGAGUGAUAACGUGGAUGGUGUCUCCGGUGAUGAUCAAGACGCCGCCGACAAGCCUCCAAGGAAGAAACGUUAUCACCGACACACUCCCCAACAAAUCCAAGAACUCGAAGCUCUGUUCAAAGAGUGCCCUCAUCCUGAUGAGAAACAGCGUCUUGAGCUUAGCAGAAGGUUACGUUUGGAGACCAGGCAAGUCAAGUUCUGGUUCCAAAAUCGCCGAACCCAAAUGAAGACCCAAUUGGAGAGGCACGAGAAUUCGCUACUGAGACAAGAGAACGAUAAGCUCCGAGCCGAGAACAUGUCAAUCAGAGACGCUAUGAGAAACCCAAUUUGUACAAACUGUGGUGGUCCAGCCGUAAUCGGUGAAAUCUCAAUCGAAGAGCAGCACCUAAGGAUCGAGAAUGCUCGCUUAAAGGACGAAUUGGAUCGUGUUUGCGGGCUUGCGGGCAAGUUCUUGGGGAGACCAGUUUCAUCACUGGCUUCAUCAAUGGCAUCCCUAAUGCCAAACUCGAGUUUGGAACUCGGAGUGGGAGUGGGUAGCAAUGGAUUUGGUGGGUUGAGUAGUACUACUGUGGCUACAACACUCCCUUUGGGGCCUGAUUUUGGGACUGGGAUUUCGAAUAGUGCUUUGGCUGUUGUCCCCCAAUCGAGAACAGAUGUGACCGGGCUCGAUCGAUCCGUGGAGAGAUCGAUGGUUCUGGAACUUGCCUUAGCUGCCAUGGAUGAAUUGGUCAAGAUGGCACAAACUGAUGAGCCUCUAUGGAUCAGGAGUGUUGAAGGAGGAAAAGAAAUGUUGAAUCAAGAGGAGUAUAUGAGGUCUUUCACUCCUUGCAUUGGAUUGAAACCAAAUGGGUUUGUCACUGAAGCUUCUAGAGAGACUGGUGUGGUUAUCAUCAACAGUUUGGCCCUUGUAGAGACUUUGAUGGACUCGAAUCGCUGGGCGGAGAUGUUCCCAUGUUUGAUAGCCAGAACUUCUACUACUGAUGUGAUUUCCAGUGGCAUGGGAGGCACAAGAAACGGUGCACUUCAGCUGAUGCAAGCGGAGCUGCAAGUGCUUUCACCACUGGUGCCGGUGCGGGAGGUGAACUUCCUGCGGUUCUGUAAACAACUGGCAGAAGGUGUGUGGGCGGUGGUGGAUGUGUCAAAUGACUCAAUCAGUGAAACUUCUUGCGCACCAACGUUUUUGAACUGCAGGAGACUGCCUUCUGGUUGUGUGGUGCAAGAUAUGCCAAAUGGCUACUCCAAGGUUACAUGGGUUGAACAUGCAGAAUACGACGAAAGUCAAGUUCACCAGCUCUACCGACACCUAGUUGGUUCCGGCAUGGGAUUUGGUGCCCAGCGUUGGGUAGCUACCCUUCAAAGACAAUGCGAAUGCCUUGCCAUCCUCAUGUCCUCUAAUGUCUCCUCUAGAGACCAUACUGCCAUAACACCGGGCGGUAGGCGAAGCAUGUUGAAGCUAGCGCAGCGAAUGACAGAUAAUUUCUUUGCGGGGGUUUGUGCAUCAACCGUCCACAAGUGGAACAAGCUCAAUGCUGGUAAUGUUGAUGAAGAUGUCCGGGUCAUGACCCGAAAGAGUGUGGAUGAUCCAGGUGUGUUGAGUGCUGCCACCUCAGUCUGGCUGCCUGUUUCUCCACAGAGACUCUUCGACUUUCUCCGUGAUGAACGGCUCAGAAGUGAAUGGGAUAUUCUAUCCAACGGGGGUCCUAUGCAGGAGAUGGCCCACAUUGCCAAGGGCCAAGAUCACGGCAACUGCGUAUCCCUUCUUCGUGCCAACGCUAUGAACUCGAACCAGAGUAGCAUGCUGAUACUGCAGGAGACGUGCAUAGACGCGGCGGGAUCGCUUGUAGUGUACGCGCCCGUUGACAUUCCUGCCAUGCACGUGGUCAUGAACGGUGGAGAUUCUGCUUACGUCGCACUCCUCCCCUCGGGUUUCGCGAUCGUACCGGAUGGGCCUGGUUCUCGUGGGCCCACGCCAACUCAGAAUGGGCUGGCCAAUGGUGGGCCACCAAGAGUGAGCGGGUCCCUCCUCACUGUGGGUUUCCAGAUAUUGGUGAAUACUCUGCCUACCGCCAAGCUGACGGUGGAGUCGGUGGAGACAGUUAACAACCUCAUCUCGUGCACUGUCCAAAAGAUCAAAGCUGCUCUUCAGUGCGAGAGUUAGAUCAUGUCACGUGAUCUUCUUGAAGAAGUGGAACUUUCCUUUAUUUUUUUUUUGGUAUGGUGAAGUUAUUAUGAAGUAGGUUAGGUGUACGCUUGCAGCCGUGUGUGGGGGGUGGUGCAGUGAGGGGUAUGAAGGGGGUGGGCGUGGUCGGUGAUGAGUUAUUGCUGUGGGGGUGUAGAGUCAAGAACGAACCGCGCUCAUGGAGACUGGACUGCUGGUGUACUGUGAUAAGUUUGAAGCCGACAAUGACCGACUCUCGGAUCAUAUAUUGAUGCUUAAAUUUGACACAGUUGCCAGGGUGGUGGUUCGGGUAUUGACUCAGGUCAAUCCCUCUACAGCUGCCUCCGGAAGGUUAAAAUCAGAAUCAGAACGUGAAAAUGGAGAGAAAAAAAACUUUAAACGGUUGCUUUUUGUUAUUCGUAUUUUGACUGAUCGAAGAAUUGAAUUUACGUUGUAUGUUGGUCAUUUGACUAUUGUGUCUAAAGACUAAAGGUGUCUGUCUGUAAAGACGAAUCUCUUUAUCUUCUCUUGCGGUAAAAUCUAAUAGUCUUUUGAGUUUACUA